UGUGUCAGAAUUAACGACCAGCGCAAUUAAAUUUUCUACGCAUAUGGCAACGGAUUAUGCAUUAUAUUGGAUUCUCGAUCAGAUUUGCUACUACGGAAAAUUUCAAACAAAAGUUAAGGCACCCAACAUGCCUACAGUUAUUGUCAGAGGCAAAGGCUUACUGGCCGAUCUUUUAACUUCAGUAGUGAAAGCCUUUCAACCAAUUAACUUGGAGUUAGAAAUUGAUACAGUUCCAUGUUUGCCUAUUCCAAUUCCUCCGGAUUUUGGUACCUACAUACACAUACUCAUAUUAUUGUUUGCAUGUUUGGUACUAACUAUAUUAGAACCAUACGGUCUGCGAUUUAGGCACUACAUUAUGUGCUACUAUCAUCCGUUAAGAGGAAAAGAACGCGCGAUUUGGUUAUACAAUCAUAUUUUAAGACAAAGGACCAAUUUCCUUACAUUUGCGCGAAGGCAACUUAGAAGAAAAUUUUUAGGAGAUAAAACAAUAGAAAAAGUCACAUUGCUCGAAUGGUUCCUCGCAAAAUUUAAAUACGGCGAUCGGAUGGAGACCAAACAAAAAGCUUGCAUCCUUUGUGGUUUAAUAAUACGGGAGAAUGACCAGAUCAUAUUUCACAAAUGCAUUACUCCGGGAUGUGGCGGAUUAUAUUGUGAUCCAUGUUUCAAAGAUUUAAAGCAACAGUGCACUGUCUGUUUAUCACCUUUAGAGUAUGGCGAUCUUUCUGAUAUUAGCGAAGAACAGGACUCAUCCGAAGAUGAGGCUCGAAAGAAACAAAUUGAAGCACGUGAAGAGGGUGAUGAUGAAGGUGAACUAGUCGACUACGACACCGAGAGUUCUUUUUAUUCUAUAAGUUAUCAAUACAGCAAAGAUCUUAACGAAGUUAAUAACAACGUUAUUAGUUUAACAUCUUUUAAAGACGUGGAAGAGCAAAAAAAUGUCGAUUAUGCGUCUAUGGAAAUUUUUAGAGAUAUUGAAGAAGAGACUGUGAAAUCUCAAACUAAUCUCCAAAGAACUUCUACAAUUUCAGGACUUGAAGAUUUGUUCACGUCAGAAAGAGAUAUAUCUGAGCAGCCAGGUGAUUAUGAGGAUGAUUUGGGGAAUGAAACUAAUAAAGGAGAUUCUGAGAUGCCGACCAUGACAGAAACAGAAAAUCAAUCGAUUCAUUCGUCUACUACCGUAUCUCCUGAAACGCAUACGACACGUUCGCAAUCUAGUAAGGUCAGCUCUGUCGAUUCCAUAAUAAAGAGAUUUCAGAAAACCCAAAAGCGUGGCGCAUUCUUAGCUGACAACAUCCAACAAACAUUUAAGUAUAGAGUCAAAUAUAGCGAAGAAAGUGAAACAAAUAAGAAGCAUCAUAGUUCUUCUUCCGAAUCUUCAAGAAUAACUAUUUUUAAACCACCAAAAACUAGAAAAACGAAUAAAAGUACAGUCCCUCCCAAAACACACUACGUUAACGAAAGAGAAGCAAGAAAACGUUUAGAAAACAAGGCAAGACAAUAUUACAAAAAAGCUUCAGCAAUGACGUCGCCGCGGACUUCGCACAAAUUAAAAGAAAAGAAGCGUGAAACAAAAGGGAUUUUUAAAAGACUAUCAAAGAGGAAGAGUAGUGAUGAAGAAAAAAUCGGCGCCCACGAGAGUGUGGAAUUGUUGAACUUAAAUUAUUCUGAUGUUCAAGAUUCUACGACAGAAUUGAAUCAAUAUUUAAGUCAGCCGUCUAGCAGCAACGAUUAA